AUGUUUUUCGUGAGACUAGCUCCAUCCCAGAGAUGGCUGCGUUCUGUGGAUGUCCAGCAUAUUAAGAGGAGAGACAUCGUUUUGAAGAGGGAGCUGGGAGAAGGUGCCUUUGGGAAGGUGUUUUUGGCCGAGUGUUACAACCUCAGCCCCACCAACGACAAAAUGCUGGUGGCAGUGAAGGCACUGAAAGACCCCACGUUGGCAGCCCGCAAGGAUUUCCAGCGGGAGGCAGAGCUGCUCACCAACCUGCAGCAUGAGCACAUCGUCAAGUUCUACGGCGUGUGUGGGGAUGGAGACCCGCUCAUCAUGGUCUUUGAGUACAUGAAGCACGGCGACCUGAACAAGUUCCUGAGGGCACAUGGCCCAGAUGCUAUGAUCCUCGUGGAUGGGCAGCCUCGACAAGCCAAAGGGGAGCUAGGGCUAUCCCAGAUGCUCCACAUCGCUAGCCAGAUCGCCUCUGGAAUGGUGUACCUUGCCUCCCAGCACUUUGUCCAUAGAGACCUGGCCACCAGGAACUGCUUGGUCGGAGCCAACCUGCUGGUGAAGAUUGGAGACUUUGGGAUGUCAAGAGAUGUCUACAGCACUGAUUACUACAGGGUUGGAGGACACACCAUGCUGCCUAUCCGCUGGAUGCCUCCAGAGAGCAUCAUGUACAGGAAGUUCACAACAGAGAGUGAUGUCUGGAGCUUCGGGGUGAUCCUCUGGGAGAUCUUCACGUAUGGGAAGCAGCCCUGGUUCCAGCUCUCAAACACAGAGGUAAUUGAGUGCAUUACCCAAGGCCGAGUUUUGGAAAGGCCUAGAGUCUGCCCCAAGGAGGUUUACGACAUCAUGUUGGGCUGCUGGCAGAGAGAACCUCAGCAACGGCUCAACAUCAAGGAGAUCUACAAGAUCCUUCAUGCUCUGGGCAAGGCCACACCAAUCUACCUGGACAUCCUUGGCUAGCAGUGGCCACUUGUUGGAAGUCCCUGCUCCUUCCUUCCAUCCUUCCUUCCCUCUCCCCCUCUCAAGUCCUUUGCCCCUCAGCUCCCAAGCAAACAUCUUCAUAUAAACUCAAGUGCCUGCUACACAUACAACACUGAAAAAAAAAAACAAAAAAAGCAAAACAAAAAGCAAACCAACAAAAAUCCCAGAGAACAACAACCUGUAAGGCAGUUUGGCUUAUAUAUAUUUAUAGAUAUCUCUCUAUAUAUAACUUCCACACCAAUACAGAAAGAAGCUGCUGUUACAGAAAAUUGUAAGACUAUAAAAAAAAAAGAAACAAAUAAGGGAGAAAAAGUACUUAAAAAGAUAUAUAUAAUUAAAAAAAAAAAAGACAGAAA